UCUUAAGAAGAGUGGUAAAAAACACAUAACAAAACCCCAUCAAAAUUUUAUACAUCAUAUUGUAAAUUAUUUUUCUUACUUAGUUGAUCACUAUGAUUUUUUGGAGACGUAGAAAGGACAAGGGAGCUGGAAAAAAGAAGAUAUCAAGAUUGAAUUCUUGUAAAGAACUUACAAUUCCAUCUCAUUUUCUUUGUCCAAUUUCUCUUGAUUUAAUGAAAGAUCCAGUCACAUUAUGUACUGGAAUUUCAUAUGAUCGUGAAAACAUCGAAAAAUGGAUCGAGGCGAGGAAUUCAACGUGCCCUGUAACAAAUCAAGUCUUGAGAAAUUAUGAUCUUAUACCAAACCAUACUAUAAGAAAAAUGAUUCAAGAUUGGUGUGUGGAGAACAAAAACUAUGGUAUUGAAAGAGUUCCUACUCCAAGAAUUCCUACAAAUUCGUCUCAAGUAUCAGAGAUUUGUUCAAGGCUAAUGGUUGAAACUCAGAGAGGGAAUGAAAAGAAAUGUAGGGAAUUGGUGGGAAGAAUCAAGAUUUUGGCCAAGGAAAGUGAAAGAAACAAGAAAUGCAUAGUAGAAUGUGGUACAGGUAGUGUUUUUGCAGCAUGUUUUGAGAUUUUCGCGAAAGUUAGUGUAGAAAAUUGCGCGGAUUUAUUGAAAGAUUUGUUGUUCGGAUUAAUAUGGAUGUUUCCGAUUGGAGAAGAGGGAAAAACAAAGUUAGGAUCAGCGAUAUCUUUACGUUGCAUGGCAUGGUUUUUGAAAGGUGAAGAUUUAUCUGCAAGGCAAAAUGCAAUUAUAGUAAUGAAAGAAUUGCUUUCUUAUGACCAAAGUUACGCAAAUGAACUAACUGAAAUUCAAGAUUUGGCUGAAUCUUUAUUUCAAAUGGUGAAAGUACCGAUUUGCCCCUCGACUACAAAAGCUUCCCUAAUGGUAAUUUACUCUAUGGUGUCAUCUACAUUGGGUGAAAAUAACAACAAAGUUGUGGCCAAAUUUGUCAACAUGGGGUUGGUUUCUUUGAUUCUUGAAAUUCUUGUGGAUGCUGAAAAAUGCAUAGCAGAAAAGGCUUUAGCAGUUUUGGACUGUUUUUGCAAUUUUCAAGAAGGGAAAGAAAAGGCUUAUGACAAUGGAUUGACAAUGCCACUAAUAGUCAAGAAAAUUAUGAAAGUUUCACAAAUGGCCACUGAAUGUUCAGUUUCAGUUUUAUGGAAACUUUGCAAAGGGGGACAUGAGAUUUCAAUAAUUGAGGCAUUGGAAUUAGGUGCUUUUCAGAAACUAUUGGUGGUUUUGCAAGUUGGUUGUGGUGAAAAAACUAAGGAAAAGGCUACUGAGUUAUUGAAAUUGAUGAAUAUUUACAAAGAUAGAGUGGAUUGUUUUGAUGUAUCAACUGGUUUCAAGUAUUUAAAAAGGUCAUAUUGAUUUUUUUAUGGGCAAAAUCAAGCAAUUUUUGUAGUACUUAGGAAAAUUUUGUAUAGAUAUAGAAAAAGUUGUUAACCCUAUAGAAUUAACUGUGAAAUCAUGAUUUAUACUUUCUAAGUUUUGUCCUCA